GUCUGGGGAGAUUGGUUUCGGCAUCAGCCAGCUACAGGCCGGUGAGCUGAUGUCCGGCUGUGGAAUCUGCGAUGGCACCACGACCAAGGUGGCGGACAUAGAUCGCUUCUUCAUUGCGGCCAAGGUCACACCCGCUGAGAUGAAGAAGACGAUGGCAAUUGUCAAUGACAAGACCCUCGUGCGCUACGAGUUUCUGGAGUUCCUUUUGCGUGUGGCGAACCAUCACUUUUUCAAGUCUGGAGCUGCGACUUCCAUGGCCGAGGCCAUUGCGCUCUUGCUCCAGACAUUGGAAGCAGAGGGCAGGAAGAUGGAAAGGGAAGUGACUGACUUCCUGGAAGCGCUAUGGGUGGAGGCGGUGGAUGACCUGUACAAGAAGCACGUGGACAUGCUGGCCAGUGAGUAUAAGGGCAUUCUAUCAACAUGA